CCAGUCGGUGCAGGAAAUGCUGCUAUUUUUAUUCAGUCAGUGCAGACUCACAUUGUACCUGGCAUCAGGGGCGCCUGGUUCCCGUCGUUUCAUUGGCUGUUUCAACACAGAAGUUAAAUAGAGCCAGCCUCUUGCGCGCCUAGCUUCCCUUUCCCACACAGCCUUAGCCUACCUGCACUAACUAGAAAGUCCAGUUUCACAAGCAAGUCCUAGAAAACAGCAGAGAGUCCUGGCGGCAACAUGGACCUGGACAGUAAACGGCUGGUGGUGGUGGUACCAAACGAAAAGCUGGUGCCAUCCCGCAGAGUGUUCAGCAGUGAGGAUGAGGCAUGGAGGAGCUACCUGGAGAACCCACUGACUGCGGCCACUAAGGCCAUGAUGAGCAUCAAUGGAGAUGAGGACAGUGCGGCAGCACUGGGACUGCUGUACGACUACUACAAGGUUCCUAAAGAGAGGAGACGUUCCUCUAGCGGCGUUAAACCCACAGACCCCUCUGCUAAUGCGCCUGAUAACUGCGGGAGCUUGGAGAUGCUAGAUCACCAUCUCCAGGCUCUCAGAUCCAUGCCAGUCAACCUCUCCCUUAACAACAGCACCGCUACGGAACAUCAGGGCUCCAAGUAUGGAGCUACCUGCCUCGCAGGAGACACCAGAGGAGGAGACGGUAAAGGUGGAGGUGGGGCCGCUCUGGCUCUAGUCAAGACAGAGAGCCAGACGUCCAUGGGAGUGUCCUGUUCUGGAGGUUCCUACCAAGAAGAACCCAGAGAGCAGAUGAGGAUGGUUUAUGAGCAGAGCCACUAUGAUUUGCAGCUGGCUGGGUACUUGAAAGAUGAACAGAGGAGCACUCCAGACAGCACAUAUGAGGACACUGUGGAAGGAGAGAUGUACCACCGAAGUCCCUCCUCAGGAGUUGGUGAAUUCCACUACAGUCUACCAGUUGACAGUUUCCAGUACUGUCUGGAGGCCAGCAUGUCGCUGCGGCCGCGGCAGGCAGAAGGACCCAUGGCUUACCUGAACCGGGGCCAGUUCUACGCUUUAACCCUGUCGAAGACCGCCUUCACACCGUCCCUACUUCAGCCCAGAGGUAAAGUGCGGGUGAGUGGACCAACGCUGUCACACAGGCCUGAUGGGAGCCCAUCCAGUAGUGAGAAAUGCACCAUGGGAGGCUCUGAGCUGCAGCGGGACAGUAUUGUACAGAGUGUUAUAAUGGUUGUCUUUGGGGAAGACAAGUGCAGAGACGAGCAGCUGAAGAAUUGGAAAUACUGGCACUCCCGUCAGCACACUGCCAAGCAGAGAGUCCUGGACAUUGCCGACUACAAGGAGAGCUUCAGCACGAUCGGCAACGUGGAGGAAAUUGCCUACAACGCUGUCUCUUUCACAUGGGAUGUCAGUGAAGACGCAAAGGUCUUUAUCUCUGUGAACUGCCUGAGCACAGACUUCUCCUCGCAGAAGGGCGUGAAGGGGAUGCCUCUGACAAUCCAGAUUGACACCUACAGCUACAACAGCUGCAGCAGCAGGCCCAUCCACAGGGCCUUCGCUCAGAUCAAGGUCUUCUGCGACAAGGGCGCUGAGAGGAAGCUUCGUGAUGAGGAGAAGAAGCAGCUCAGGAAGAGGAUGAAAGGGAAAAAUGGCAGCUCGGGGCUGACCUCUCCCGUUAAGAGGGCUGAUAACACGCUGUUAAAAAGCAUGAUAGACCUGGACUCCCAGCCGGUUCUCUUCAUUCCUGAUGUCCACUUUGGAAACCUGCAGAGAGCGGGACAGGUGUUUGCUUUCAACACAGAGGAGGUCAACAGAGAUGGGAGUGUUCUGGUGAAGAGGAUGUCAUGUGCUGCUGAGGAAGACGUCUGUCCACCUCAGCCCAAGAAGUCCAAAGUGGAACUGGAAAGGAAAGUUCUGCUGUAUGUGAGGAAGGAGUGCGAUGAAGUGUUUGAUGCCUUAAUGCUGCACACCCCAACCCUCAAAGCGCUGAUGGAGGCAAUCUCAGAGAAAUAUGCAGUGCCUGUCAACAAGAUGGCCAAAGUUUACCAAAAAAGCAAAAAAGGGGUUCUGGUUAACAUGGAUGACAACAUCGUCCAGCACUACUCCAACGAGGACACCUUCAUCCUGGCUAUCGAGAGCUCAGCGGACUCCUUGCGUGUCACUCUGUCAGAGAUCUGAUGGUUGCUGGCCACAGCACUGUAUUCGCUGGUCACCGUAUUGUCAGGCAGAGGUGACCGCUGGUGGGUGGAGCUUUAGCAGAUGACGCCGCCCAAAUGUGUCCCUCGAGGAAGGCUACACAGUCUCAGCAGGGUCUGCUGCCCUACAUGGAUCAUUGGCUAAACUAAUCCACAUGCACCUGACCUGCUGCAGUACCUGUUUACUAACCAGACAACAUGCUGCAGGAGGAUUUCUUGCAUUAGGAACGCAGGCUUAACUUUGAUAACUUAUGGAAGUGCCCACAUUUGUGGUUUCGGGGGGGGAAACUUUUGAUAUUUCAACAACCUAUGCAAAAGCCUUGAGUAGCUGAUUCAAUUCUUUGUCCACGUCACCACAAGGCAUCCAGUCCGCCUGCUGUGGGUUUCACAGGAAGAAGACGGUACAGUAUACAGUAGUUUUAUUGGAUUAACAGCGAGGACUGCUGUUGGCUUCCUCUGUGCUUCUGCCAUCCUUCCUGUUGCCUCUUCUAGUGGUGGAAGCUUUUAAAUGACUUGAUAAGAUGUUUGAAAAGACUUUUGCUGGCACUCAACUGUUCAAGGCAACGGCUUAUUGUUUUGUAUGUGUGUAAUUAUUUUUAGAUGUUCUUGACAGUUCUUAUAUCACCAUUCAAAGUCACAAAUCUUUCUUGGUUGUCUUUUUUUUUUAUUGAUCGGUCAUGUUUUUUCCUGCGUGCUAAGUGUUUCCAAUCGCUGCCAGUGAAAUAACAGUUAUCCCGGGUUGUGAUUACACGCUGGUGUCUCCGGAUCUAUAAUUACACGAGGCACCAUUAUGGAACAAGACCGCGAGUCUCCAGGAUGCUGUUAAAUUGUUUUGCUUCCUCCGUGCAUGUGUUUAUUGCUUUUGCGCUCACUGAAGAGACUGCAGUCAUUAGUAUUUAUGACAUUAGUUAGGCCCUACCAGUCCAUCCAUUUACACAAUCCAUCAGAGCUUAAGAGCCUGAUCGCUCUGGCCCUACUCGCUGACUGUGUUUACACCUGAUUCACUGACAGCCCCUGUACCCUUCAUUUGUGUCAUGCACCAUGAUGUACAGUCUUUUAAAUGAGUCAAUAAAUAUAGUUUUAUAU